UGCGUUAUCGGAAGUUCGCUCGAGCUCCACAAUGACAAUUGUGAUGCAACGUAGUGCCUUUCGCCGCUCAGCUCUCUGGCGUUAACUGCAAGGUGGUGAGCAGCACGAUGAAUGCCGUAGCUUUUCACGUGCUUCACGAUGUAUUACCCGCUUUACUCGCGUCAUUCCUGCUGUACUCCGUGGCCGCUGCUGCCGCUGCGUUUGCUUGCCUGGCAGGCCUGUUGUACUACAUAAAGUACAAGCAACGCGAAACACUCGUCUACAUGGGAAAGUUCCCCGGUCGAACGGAGCCCAUCCCGUUGGUGACCACAUGGUCAAUACAUCGGACUCUUUCCAACGAGGCGCAUCGUUUGGACAUCUCAACCCAUUUGUUUCAGGUAGCCUUUGGUUUUUCCCGAAUUUACAAGAAUCAUGGCAUGUUUCGAUUUUACGACGCUACCCAUCCUGUACUCGUACUGUUCAAAGCAGAAGCUGUCGAGGAACUUUUGACGAGUAACACGGUACUAAAGAAAGGCCAUGAAUACGAGCUGAUCAAGCCUUGGCUAGGAACUGGUCUACUUACAAGUUCGGGAUCAAAGUGGCGCUCUCGACGGAAACUGCUGACGCCUGCAUUUCAUUUUCGAAUACUGGAAGACUUCCUACCGGCAGUUAAUGACCAGUCCAAUAUUUUGGUGCGCAAGCUUGGACAGCUCGGCAAAGACCGUUCCUGCAACAUUGUUCCUCUAGUAACACUAUGUGCUUUAGACAUCAUAUGCGAGACGAUUAUGGGCUACACGAUCAAUGCUCAAAGUAACCAGGAUUCGGAAUAUGUUCAAGCCAUUAAAGUGCUUGGUCACAGUUUCACACGGCGCCUAGAGACACCGUUAUACUGGAUAGACGCGAUAUUCCAGCUUUCAAAGCCCGGACGAGAGUUUGCGCGGAAAGUCAAAGAACUUCAUCAAUUCACAUUGAAGGUUAUCCGUGAGCGAAAGCGAGAGAUUCUCUCGUGUCCCGAACUUCAGGAGUCCUACGAGGAAACAGCCAGUGAGAGUGACGUCUACGGCUUGAAAGGGACAGCCAGGAAACCAUUCCUAGAUAUCCUUCUCCGAGAACACAUCAAAGACCCUGAAAAUUUUACCGAAGAACACGUCCGAGAAGAAGUCGACACUUUCAUGUUUGAGGGCCAUGACACUACGGCAAUGGGGAUGAGCUGGGCCAUCUACCUUAUUGCCCUCCAUGAGGAGCACCAAGACCUCAUACACCAAGAGCUGGACACGAUAUUUGGCUCCGACAAGACACGGCCUGUCACAUCGGACGACUUGAAACAAAUGAAGUACAUGGAAUGCUGCUUAAAGGAGUCCCAGAGAUUGUAUCCAUCAGUUCCAUUCAUCUCUAGAAAGUGUGAAGAAGAUGCCGUAAUUUGUGGCCGAAAGGUGCCUAAAGGCACAGACAUUCAAGUUGCCAUUUACAACCUACAUCAUGACGAGCAAGUGUUUCCCAAACCGGAUGAAUUCAGGCCAGACAGAUUUUUCCCUGAAAAUGUGAGAGGAAGACAUGCUUUUGCGUUCGUUCCUUUCUCAGCUGGCCCAAGAAACUGCAUAGGUCAACGUUUCGCCAUGAUGGAAGAGAAAGUCGUCAUUGCCAACAUCCUUCGUAACUACAAGCUGGUUGCUCUACAUUAUCGAGACAAGAUUCAUGUCAUGGCGGAACUCGUCCUGAGGCCAACAAGUGGUCUGCAUGUCAAAUUCAUUCCGAGAGAGUCUGCGAAGCAGCAAUGAAAAACUCUGCGAGAAAUAUUUCAGUAGGUUUAAGCAUUUCCCACAUGUUGCUUCAAUACCAACAGAAUGAAUGGUUUCUGUGAGUUUGUGUGUGUGUAGGGAGUGUCUAAGUUUUGUUGAGUUUGCUUACUAUAACGAACGGACGAUGGUAUAAAGAUGACAUUACUAGUCCAGAGAGGCGACAUGACCGGUUCACAGCUUCCAGGUUUAGUAGAACAUACGCCAGCAACAGUGGCCUCAACUGUAUACUUAUACUUGCAGCUUUCUGUUGUUAUGAACAAUGACAACCUCUGGCGUACCAAAUCACAAGGCUACUGUGGCUUUCACAGAAAGCGCUGUGGAGCAAUUUGCGCUAAUUGGAAACAACUCGGGUACUUUAAUGACAUUUAAAUGGUAACAGUUAUGUAUAGGGACUCAUUGUGUACCGCAUUGUGUCCUAUGAUAAAUAAAUAAAGCAUAAACACUGUGGAAACCUGUACGAUUGUUACCUAAGUAAAACAUUAUUUUUAGAAAAGCUGUUGCACUAUGCUUAUCUAAGUUGUACAAGUUGUGAAACGUUGGUUGCAUGUACUCGUGGAUAACACGACAUUAUAGUUGCUAGAAUGUGUCAAUGAACCGGGCUAAUUACGGCGAGCAAAUGCUCGUAAAUGCAAAUAAAAGAAUGCUGAAUGACUCAUA